AUGGCUCGACGUUCUUUUAAAAUAACAAUGGAUGAUAAAAAAGGUAUAGAAUUUCUUUUCGAUAUAUCAAAAUUAAUAAAACAUUUCUAUGAAACACCAGUUAUUUUUCUUACCAAGCAAGAUUAUUCUGAUAACAUAUUUAAUACAAUGUGUUCGAUGCGAUCAGCUCUUCAGGGUGGCUCAAAAACGGAAAUAAUUGAUAUAAUAGUUGAUUUUCAUAUCCACUGGAUAUACACAAUUAAAGAGUUAGAUCAGUUUUCUAAACGGGUUUUUAAUGAUCUUACUAGAGAAGAAGUAUAUCAAGCAGUGAGCUUCACCAUUGAUGCCAUGACCCACCGUCUAAAAUAUUAUCAAAGAUAUAUGUUAAAGCAUCGACCAUCCUUAUCCAAUGAAAGUCAAGCUAAUCUUUUAACGGACAUAGAAAUUGUUGAAGAAAUGCAUAAAGAAGUAACACGAGUUCUUCUUAACAAAUUAAAAUGCUUUAGAAGCUUUGAUAGUGAUGAUGAAUUUAAAAUAAAGAUUAGAGAUACUUUAGAGGAACUUUACCUUUGGAUUGAUAAAAUAACUGAUGAAUUAGCGUAUCAAUUAACCAAGUAUAUUAACGUAACUCACACUGAAGAUUUAACAAAAGCAUUGCAACAAAUUGUCGAAGACUUAAAAAGAUCAAAAUCUCCUUCGGUUCAGAGAUUGUUAGAAAAUCUUAAAGGAAAAGAAUUUAGUACAAUGAUCCGUACUAUAGCAGUCCAUUAUCUGGAAAUAAGUAAAGUAUUAGAGAAAAUAAAUUCAUUAGAGGACCAUAUUUCGAAAUUACAAAGCGACCCAACUUCCGCAGCUUUAAUGGCUUUACAGCACAAGAAAGAUUAUUUAGAAAGAAGACUUGCUUCUCUUGAUAAUUUAAAAACUACCUUAAAGAAAUUUGCAGAAACGACAGAUUUUCAAUUUGAUGAUUUGAAUUAUGAUGAAAUUUGCUCUUGUGAAGAUUUUUACCAACUGCGGAUUUUUAAUCAUGCUUUACCACCAGAAGAACGUGAACGCUUAGUUACUGAAUUGUGCUAUGUAUGGGAUUUAGCAGUUUUUGGGGAACGAAGUCACAAAUCAAUUAUCUCAAUUCUAAGUGCUGCAGAUGUAAAAGAGGAAUUUAAUGAUGACCUCGGCACGUUUUUCAUAGACGAACAUAGUCGAAAGAUUUACAGACUACCAGACGAUGAAACAUUGUAUCAGCCAAAUGAGCACAGUGUACUCGUACCGUUGAAAGAUGACGAACAGCACAUUUAUUUCUAUGAUGAAUGUGGACGAUAUUUUAUUGAUCAGAAGACUCGACAACGAAUUUAUAAGGCGCAUGAUACUGCUAGUGAGUAUAUGAUGGAUAGUUCAGGUAUUUUAUUGAAAAUUAAAGAAGAACGGGAUGGCAUAAUAUACUAUUAUGAUAAUUACGGCCGCUAUUACAUUAAUAGCGAUGGAAAACAUAUUUAUCGAGAAGUAGAUUCCGUUAGCGAAUAUGAAAAUGAUGGUCUAGGAAAUCUUGUACGUAUUAAAAGUUGCCUAGAUAUUUUAAAGCCUUGUCCAGAUGAUGUACCUGUAACAGAAGAUUUUAAAUAUCUCAAAACAGCUGUAGGGACAGCUUUACGGCAGUGUAUUACUGAUGUUAUUUUAUUUCAGCCAGAUGAUCCCAUAAAGUAUUUAUCCUCCCGUCUUAUAAAAUAUAGAGAAAAUAUGGAAUUGAAAGAGAGGCGUGCACGGGAAAAAGAAGAACUAGAUGUUGAACGUGAAAUUAGAAUUUCUGAAGAACGUGCUGCUGAGGAGCGAGCAGCUAUGGCAGCCGCAUUGCUCGUUGAGGGUGGAAGCGAGGCCAGUUAUGAUUCGAAUCUUAUAAAGUAUUCACCAAUGCAUCCUGAUGAUACUGUAUCAGUAGGUGCUAGUUCGUUCAUCUAA